GCAACCGCCGCGCCGUCCCGAGGGCGCCAUGAGGGGCCCGCGCUGCGCCCCGCUGCUCCUGCUGCUGCUGCUGCUGCCGCCGCUGCUGCUCACGCCCCCCGCCGGGGACGCCGCCGUCAUCACAGGGGCCUGCGACAAGGACCCCCAGUGUGGUGGAGGCAUGUGCUGUGCUGUUAGUAUCUGGGUUAAGAGCAUAAGGAUUUGCACACCUAUGGGCAAAGUGGGAGACAGCUGCCAUCCGCUGACUCGUAAAGUUCCAUUUUUUGGGCGGAGAAUGCAUCACACAUGUCCAUGUAUGCCGGGCUUAGCCUGUUUACGGACUUCAUUUAAUCGAUUUAUUUGUUUAGCCCGAAAGUAA